AUGAUAACGUUAGCAUAUCCACAAUUUAUUAUCUUAAAGGUGACAGCAGAGCAGAACGGGCAAGUCUUUGGUGAUGAAGAAGAGGCAGUUGAUAUUGACUCCAAUAUUAGAAAGGAUGAGGAAUCAGAUUAUGACAAUGAUGAAGAUGAUGAAGAGAAUGAGGAUAGCGAUGAUAAUGAUGGACAAGCUAAACCAGAGCAAGAUGCCGCUAAGGAACACAAGAGGAGCCUCUCAAUUGCAAUUCCCACAAAGCCUCGAACUGGAAGCGCUUCGUAA